CUUUGGUGUGAUAAAGUCUAGGACUAGCUGAUGCUCAGACAACUUCUAACAUUGAUCUGUGAAAUGAAGACCCAAUAAAGCAAACCUGAUGAAUCUUGAACAAAUGAAGUUAGAAACCCAGAGAAAGAAACUUCUGUUUUGAGAGCCCUUUAUACUGAUAGCUACUGUUAGUACAAGAACAGCAUGGCAUUAAACCACAGUGUCCCACCUCAAGAUGACUACAUUCCACACUAUCUUCGGGAUAGAGACCCUUUUGCAUCCAAACUCUCCUGGGAAGCUGACUUAGUAGCUGGUUUCUACUUAACUAUAAUUGGUGUGUUGUCCACCUUGGGAAAUGGCUACGUGAUUUAUAUGUCUUCAAAAAGGAAGAAGAAGCUGAGACCUGCUGAAAUAAUGACAGUUAAUUUAGCAGUCUGUGACCUGGGGAUUUCAGUUGUAGGCAAGCCUUUCACGAUCAUUUCUUGCUUCUCUCAUCGCUGGGUGUUUGGCUGGGUUGGCUGCCGCUGGUAUGGAUGGGCCGGUUUUUUCUUCGGCUGUGGGAGCCUUAUCACUAUGACUGCUGUCAGCCUGGACAGAUACUUGAAAAUCUGCUACCUCUCUUACGGGACUUGGCUGAAGAGACACCAUGCCUACAUCUGCCUGGUAAUCAUCUGGGCCUAUGCUACCUUCUGGGCAACCAUGCCCUUGGCAGGUCUGGGGAACUACGCCCCUGAGCCCUUUGGAACGUCCUGCACCCUCGACUGGUGGCUGGCGCAGGCCUCUGUGACCGGACAAACGUUCAUCCUGAACAUCCUUUUCUUCUGUCUCUUGCUCCCAACUGCCGUGAUUGUCUUCUCCUACGUGAAGAUAAUUGCUAAGGUCAAGUCCUCCACCAAAGAAGUGGCCCAUUUCGACAGCCGGAUCCAGAGUAGUCAUGUGCUGGAAAUGAAACUGACCAAGGUGGCAAUGUUGAUCUGUGCAGGGUUCCUGAUUGCCUGGAUCCCCUAUGCCGUGGUGUCAGUGUGGUCAGCUUUUGGACAGCCUGAUUCCAUCCCGGUUCAGUUUUCAGUGGUGCCAACUUUGCUUGCGAAGUCAGCAGCUAUGUACAACCCAAUUAUUUACCAGGUCAUUGACUGCAAAUUUGCCUGUUGCCAAUCUGGUAGGCAGAAAGCAGCCAAGGAGGAAUCUCUGAGGGAUUACAGGAGGCAUACCGUGUCCACCAUCAGGAAAUCAUCCUCGGUGUCUGAAACCCAUCAAGAGGUUCUUAUGUAGCUACUCCAUUGUUGCGGAAGUGGAGAGCGUGGCCAUUUUACUGGAGAGAGCAUGGUGUAAUGGAAGCCAGAAUUCCAAGGUUUGAGGCCUAAUUGCCACUGACUAGCUCUGACACCCUGGGCAAAUUACUUAACAUUUUUAACCCUCGGUUUCCUCAUUUGUCAAAUGUG